GGGAUUACAGUACACUCACUUCCGCAUUACUGUACUGAAUGGAUUUAAUGAAACUGGUCGAUUAUGCUGAAGUUGAACAAGUUUUAGACGCAGUUCAGCGUUGUCAGAAAAAAACUUGACUAAAGAAGCAGAUUUUUAUUUCGUAAACAAAACUGGUAACCAUUCAUUUUCAUAAACAGAUUUACAUGAAGUAAUUAAAAACUAGACGUGAUAUAAUCAGCGUAAUAAAUCAGUAUUCAGUCGUCUACAAGAGUGAACCGCCUCAUAACUGAAAAAAUGUUAAAAGCGAUUAUCCUAAUUGGGGGCCCUCAAAAAGGUACCAGGUUCCGCCCCCUGUCCUUCGAGGUGCCCAAACCACUGUUCCCUGUGGCAGGAGUUCCCAUGCUGCAGCAUCACAUAGAAGCCUGUGCCCAAGUACCUGAUAUGAAAGAGAUCAUACUAAUAGGUUUUUAUCAGCCCAAUGACGAGCUAAACCGCUUCAUUUCUUCUGCACAGCAAGAGCUUAAAAUCCCAAUUAGGUACCUGCAGGAGUUUGCCGCUCUGGGAACAGGUGGUGGGAUCUAUCACUUUCGUGACCAGAUCCUGUCUGGGGGUCCGGCUGCAUUUUUCCUCAUGAAUGCUGAUGUAUGCUCCGAGUUCCCCUUGCAGGAAAUGCUCCGGUUCCACCGUCAACAUGGAGAGAAUCAUUGUGGAGUCUUACUUGGAACAACAGCCAAUAGAACACAAUCUCUGAACUACGGCUGCAUUGUGGAAAACCAUGAAACAAAUGAGGUGCUCCAUUUUGUGGAGAAACCCAGUACUUUUGUAAGUGACAUUAUCAACUGUGGGAUCUAUUUGUUCACACCAGAUAUUUUUGGCCAUAUUGGGACGGUUUUCCAGAGGAACCAGCAAGAGAGGAUCCAGGAAGAACUCACUAAUGGCAAGCAGAUGCAAGAGGUGAUUCGGCUAGAACAGGACAUCUUUACAACCCUAGCAGGACAGAAAAAACUCUUUGUCUACAAAACACAGCAUUUCUGGAGUCAGAUAAAGUCUGCAGGGUCAGCAAUAUAUGCCAGUCGUUUGUACCUCAAGCAGUAUCAUCAGACACAUCCUGAAAGACUGGCCACAAACCAAGAUGGAACCCCCAAAAUAAUAGGGGAUGUUUAUAUCCACCCUACAGCAAACAUCGAUCCCUCUGCUGUGUUGGGUCCUAAUGUUUCCGUUGGCAAAGGGGUGACAAUUGGAGGAGGCGUAAGAGUGAGGGAGUCCAUUAUUUUACAUGGAGCCAUGUUACAGGAUCACUGUUGUGUGUUGAACAGUAUUGUUGGGUGGGACAGUACAGUGGGGAAAUGGGCAAGAGUCGAAGGAACUCCAAGUGAUCCCAAUCCCAACGACCCAUAUGCCAAGAUUGACAGCGAGACUCUGUUCAGAGAUGGAGGUCUAACCCCAUCCAUCACCAUCCUUGGCUGCAAUGUGAAUAUUCCAUCAGAAGUCAUCAUUCGGAACUCUAUUGUCUUGCCUCAUAAAGAUCUCAACAGGAGCUUCCAAAACCAGAUUAUCUUAUAGAAGCCACUUUCCUCUACUGUCUUUCUGAAUAAACACUGUACAUUGGGUCAUGUAGAAAGUAUAUAGCCUAAAGAUUGUUUAAGAAGUAUUGUUUAUUGUUUAUCAUUAUUUAAUGUUUAUGUAUUUGGUAGUUACAGUCCAGAGAAAAUAAGUCCACUUGUCUGGUCAAUUUGUAUUGCAGUAAUAUAGCGUGAAUAAUAUGGUUUAAUGGGGUUCAAUUUUCCUGAUAAUUUUAGGACUGGGAAUUUUGUAUUUAAUAUCUCAUUCUAAGGUGAUACACCGGCCUUAUACACAUACAGUAGUAGACAACACUAGCUUUGACUUGUAUUUUAGUUUUAUUCCUUAAUUACAAAUCACACAUACCUGUAUUGCCUUAUCAGUAAAAUUAAGAGUGAGAAAUGUUUUAGAAACUGACAGAUUUGAAGCCAGAUAUUUUUUGGCAGGAAUGGAAAAGAUGGUGAUAAGUUUAGUUUUUUUUUAACAAAAAAAAUAAAAAUAAAAUAAAAUUAAAAAUGUUUAACGAUUUUAUUCCUGUUUAUUCCUUUUCUCUGUUGCAACCAUGUAUUAAACUCAUCUACCAACAGAAAAAUAGAAACAUCAGAACAUGUGGAGUUUUAUUAUGACAAAUUGACGAGUGCCCUGUGAGCACAAAUUGAGCCUAAUGUGUUUGUAUUUUAAUUAAAAGAUUAGAAAAAUUGAA